UCCCUCUCCCACCGGCCUUCGCGCCCGCAGUCCAAGAUGGCGGGAUCCAGGCAAAGUGGUCCCCGGGCCAGAGCCCGGCAACUUUUCUGCGCCCUACUUCUGCUGCUCAGCCACUUCGUCGGGGGCGACGGCACAGGAGGCGACCCCGCGGCUGUCGGCUCCCCGGGCACCCCGGCCGCGGCGCUGCAUCGCCGUUUCGAGUACAAAUACAGCUUCAAGGGGCCGCACCUAGUGCAGAGCGAUGGGAACGUGCCCUUCUGGGCCCACGCGGGGAAUGCCAUUCCAAGUUCAGAUCAAAUUCGAAUAGCACCAUCUUUGAAAAGCCAAAGAGGAUCAGUCUGGACAAAGGCAAAAGCAGCAUUUGAAAACUGGGAAGUAGAGGUGACAUUUCGAGUGACUGGAAGAGGCCGAAUUGGAGCUGAUGGCCUGGCAAUUUGGUAUACAGAAAAUCAAGGCUUAGAAGGUCCCGUGUUUGGAUCAGCUGACAUGUGGAAUGGUGUUGGAAUAUUUUUUGAUUCUUUUGACAAUGAUGGAAAGAAAAAUAAUCCUGCUAUAGUAGUUAUAGGCAACAAUGGACAAAUCCACUAUGAUCACCAAAAUGAUGGUGCCAGUCAAGCUUUAGCAAGUUGCCAGAGAGAUUUUCGUAAUAAACCCUAUCCUGUCCGGGCAAAGAUUACAUAUUACCAGAAAACACUGACAGUAAUGAUCAAUAAUGGCUUUACACCUGAUAAAAAUGAUUAUGAAUUUUGUGCCAAAAUAGAAAAUAUGAUUAUUCCUGCACAAGGGCAUUUUGGAAUAUCUGCUGCAACGGGAGGUCUUGCAGAUGACCAUGAUGUUCUCUCUUUUCUGACUUUCCAAUUGACUGAGCCUGGAAAAGAGCCACCUACUCCAGAUAAAGAAAUUUCAGAAAAAGAAAAAGAAAAGUAUCAGGAGGAGUUCGAGCACUAUCAACAAGAAUUGGAUAAGAAAAAAGAAGAAUUCCAGAAGGAUCAUCCUGACCUCCAGGGGCAGCCUGCUGAUGAUAUAUUUGAGAGUGUAGGAGAUCGUGAGCUGAGACAAAUCUUUGAAGGACAGAAUCGUAUUCAUCUUGAAAUCAAGCAGCUGAACCGACAGUUAGAUAUGAUUCUCGAUGAACAGAGAAGAUAUGUUUCCUCCUUGACAGAGGAGGUCUCUAAAAGAGGAGCAGGGAUCCCAGGCCACUCCGGGCAGAUCUCUCAGCAGGAACUAGACACUGUUGUGAAAACUCAGCAUGAGAUUCUGAGACAAGUAAAUGAAAUGAAAAAUUCCAUGAGUGAAACUAUCAGACUGGUGAGUGGGAUACAGCACCCAGGCUCUGCAGGAGGUGUGUAUGAAACAACACAGCACUUCAUGGAUAUCAAGGAGCACCUGCACAUAGUGAAGAGGGACAUAGAUAACUUAGUGCAACGAAAUAUGCCAUCCAAUGAAAAACUGAAAUGCCCAGAACUACCACCAUUUCCAUCAUGUUUGUCUACGAUACACUUUGUUAUAUUUGUAGUGGUACAAACAGUGUUAUUCAUUGGUUAUAUCAUGUAUAGGACUCAACAGGAAGCAGCUGCCAAGAAAUUCUUUUGACCACCACUUUCAUAUGUGUCAAUCAUGUAUGUAUGUACAAAAUGCUUUUUGAGGGAAUUUAAGUAUUUAAAUUGCUUCAUAGUCUAAAUUAUUAAUUUUGUAUAAAAACUGUUGAAAUGUUGACUUUCAGGAAGAAUAAACAUUAAAAAAAAGGAAAACAACAUGUAAAUUUGUUGAUAGCACAUAAACCUGUUUAAAUUUCAGUCCAUAGAUUGCAAUCACUAAACAGAAUAUUAAGAAGUAAAAUCUUACAUAAUAGAAAACAAGGGACACCCCCUAGAUGUGAGUGUUACCCUAAGUCUCCUGUAUUAGAGAUUUCUGGAGUUUUUUUGUUUGUUUGUUUAUUGCAGUACCGGGGAUUGAACUCAGGACCUUGCACUUGCCAGGCAAGCGCAUAUUCUACUGAGCUAUCUCCCUGGCCCAGAUUUUUUUAUUUAAAAUAAACACUUUUGCUUUCAUGCUUCCCAGUAUAUGAGGUCAAAUUAUGAGCUCCCUGUUACAUGUAUUUCAUAACCAGAGUCUCUCUUUAGGGGUCAGAGGUUCCUACUGUAAGACCAGUCCUGCAGUCCUUUGGUCUUAAAACAUCUCCCUCUGGAAUCAAAGAAUAUUUUGUCUGAGAGCUUUAGGAUGUAAAUAAUAGGCUUCAGAAUAUUUAAUGAAAUGCUGUAUUUCACAUUUAAAGAAAUUUGGGGGAAAAUUAAGAGCUGCUUUUUGCAUAAAAAUCAGGUACUUUGCCUGGCAAUAUAUGUAUUUCAUGGUGGCCCAUAUUUUUAUUGUCUUUGUUCCAAUUUGGUGUCAGGUAAUAUUGUGAAAAUAUUUUUCUAUUAAUAUUUUUAGUUUAAGGACUUUAUCUCUCCCAUUUUGUCCAACAUGUAAUUCAGCUCAGAUUUUGUGUCCUGAAGAUAACUUCAAAUUCACAAAACCUACCCACUACAUUCAUUCUGAUUUAUAUUGUUCCAUGUAAUGAAGGGUUUUUAACUAGUUGUGUACCCUUUUAAAUCAAGGAGCUUGUUUAAGUAGCAGUUUUCAGAUUUUUGGAGGGAAAAUUUUAAAAAUAGCAUAUAUACUUCUGACUUCUUCCUUUUAAUAUUGGAACUAAGAAUGCUGUGAAGCACUUGUUAGUACCCUUAACCAUGAAAUGGUAAAGGUGGAAAGAAAAUUUUAUAGUCUUUGUACAUAGUUCUAGGUAUUAGAGAAACCAUGUAUAAAUGACAUUUUAAAGUAGUUUAAUUUUUGUUCUCACAGCUUCUAUAGAUGUACGUUUCCUGGCUUGUCUUUCAUUUGUCAUAUUACCCAGAAUAAUACUGUUUCAAAAAAGUACUGUUGAAUUCUUCCAAGCAUUCCUAAUUUUACAUCAAAUGUCAUUUACAAAUUGGGCUAGUGACCUAAAAUCUGAUGAAGAAUUUUGCAUAUGGCAUUACUAAUGAAAAUUGUGUGUGCACUCUCAUGUUGCUUUUUAUAUUUUUACCGUAGAACUCUGAGAGAGAAUACACUAAUAAGUCACUUCAGCAUAUAAAAUGCUCCUUUCACACUUCUCCUUUGUAGUGUUAACAUUUUGAAAUUCAUGUUUCAGAGACAUCAUCAUCACAGAAUUUACUCAUGUUCCAUGAAAAAUAUUAAUAACUGCAGAAGAAUGUUUUAAGUUAUAGACUAUGACACUUGGGAAAUCCUCUUGAGAUAAAAGGCUGCCAAAUCCAGUAUUAUAAAGUCCAUGGCCACUCGUGGCUGAACAGUAAAGGAGUACCAGACCUAUGCAGUGUACAUUUUUCAGGCUAAAAUGCAAGGGGAAUCAAUUAUUCUGAUCAUUCCUAAGACAAGUGGAGAUGGCUAUUAUGAAAAAUCAUGAACAUGAAUCUUUAUCUUUUUUUUUUUACUAAUGAAUUUAAUUUGUUUAAAAUCGCUCAGUGAAAUAGUUUAUUCAGAAUGUUUAAUUUUAUUUGAAAUUAGUUGUUUUCCUCAAAAUCAUUAACUGAAUAGCUUGUUUCAGUGGAAAAAUAUGUCACUGCCAGAAUUCUUUCACUUCUCUACUCUUGUAUAAUUGAAUUUCCUCACUUCUUUCACACCAGCAAGUAUUUUACAGGUGCCUUGGACUAAACAUUUAUUUUAAAUUUUCGAUAUAAGUCAUUGUGUUUAUGAUGCCGCUUUAAAGAAGAGAAUGCAAUUACAUAAUGACUAACACUAUGUACCUAUUUUGUAUUCUAAUUAUUUGAAUAUUUAUCCAGCUUGAAACUUUAAAGUCACAGAAUAGCCAAUACGUUUGUUAUAUAGUAAAGACAUAUCAGUUUUCUCAAAGUAUGAUCUGUGGACCGUCUGAGGCAUGGGAUGCUUGUUCAGAAUACAGAGUCCUGGGCCCCCUGUAAGCCCCUUGCAUCAAAACUAUGGCAGGGCUUCAGGGCAUCAGUGUUCAGCAGUACCACCAAGGUCUCAGAGCAUACUAGAGACUGAGAACCACCAAGGUCAGGGAUGAAAAAGAAACACAAACGAAACCCAGAAAUAUUGUUGGCUUUAAAGCUAAGAACAUAGUGUAAUAUUUUUAUUAUCAAUGAAAUUAGCAAAUGUGCACUGAUUCUUUUAUACUCACCAUUUAUGUACUGUUCCUCUUAAUUAGAACUCUUGAUUCCUUCUCAACUGUUAACUAAAUCCAGGUUGUUGCUUUUAGCUCUUGGUACGUUUGCUAGCUUUUAAGCCUAACAAAAUCAUCCUUGGAUCAUGGUCAGGCCAUGAGGUGUCCCACCGUGAAGCCUACCUGCUAAUGUGCUGUGCUUUCCUGAUUAUGGUUGUGGUGACAAUUUAUCUCAGACAGCUGUACUUUUUUGAUAACUUGGGGAAACAAAUUACUUGAAUAAAGGAUUGCUGCUUUGCAAAGUUAUAAUCUUUGUGAAGAACAUAAGUAAAAAUUGUGAAUAUUAAGAUGUGAUUAUCUUUUCCUUUUCAUGUCAUUAUUGAGGGGAGAUAGUGAACAAAUUAUUAUAUUGGGCAUUUUUUCUUUAUAAGAUCUAGUGAAAAAUCAGCUCUUGCCACUUUUUGGAUUCAUAUGUUGCCUGCUUGAUAUAUUUCUUUUCUGAUAUUACUUAAAAUUUUAAAAAGUUUUCUAUUGAUUGUCAAUUUCAAUUGGGUAAUAUUUUGUCAGGUUUUUUUUCUGAUUGUUAUUUGAUGCUAGCUGGAAUUCAAAAAAUAACAUUGACCUUACUUAAAUAAAGAAAUAUUUUAGUAAGUUUGCUUUUUCCUUUAUUGAUCCCAGAUAAUAAACACCUAC